AUGAUCCGAGCGAAGUCGAGACGAUUAAUUAAUAAAUUGCAGUCGAUGCUGACGUACAAUGGCUGCGGCACGGUGGACACGGAGAACGGUUCUCCAGCGGACUCGCUAUUGUCCGUCGAAGGAGAGCUGGCGGAGGAAGUCGGCGAUUCCCCGGGCACGUCGAGGGACACGGAGGAGGAAGCGACCCUCUCGGAUGAGUUUUAUUCCCAUGACACCGACGAGGAAGAGGAGCAAGGCAAGAAACGGCGAGAUCGAAACAAUUCCCUAGAUGGUAUUUCGUCCUCUGGAGGUGGUCUUCUCGGCUCGCCUACAUCUCGAGUAGGGACUCUGGGCGUUCGAAAAUUGUUCACGAACAGUCGUGAACGUUGGAGACAGCAGAAUGUUAGCGGAGCUUUCGCCGAGCUUCGAAAAUUAGUCCCUACACAUCCACCGGACAAGAAAUUGUCGAAGAACGAGAUAUUGCGUAUGGCGAUUAAGUACAUACAGCUGCUGAGCAACGUUUUGGAAUGGCAAAAGACUCAAGAACGAAACGAGGGGAUGCAGCACGAGGUGAGGAUAAAAUGCGAGCCGAAUCUGAACGCUCAAAAUUCAACGGGCCAUCACGCAAAAUCGACAGUAUACUUGAAGCAAGAGAAACAAAUGAACGAAAAUCACGCAUAUAAAACGAGCUUCACCAGCCAGAAACAGUUACAGCAUACGAUUUCUCACAUUGUGUGUGAUAAAAAUGGUAAUAACUUGUUAAUGAUAGCGCCUUCCGGCCAUAAUGUAUCGAAUUCUGUUUGCAAAAAAAGUAUAACACCAUCAAUGACCGUUGCGCAAAAUUCUCUUACGGCGAAUGCAUUGAGCAACGCAAGUCUAACGCGACCCCCUGGUUCACGACCUUCGAUUUAUCCAAAGUCGCCUCAGAUAAACGUACAGGUUGUAAGUAGCUCGAGUAUUUUGACUUGUUCAAGUGCGCCUGUAACGAGCAACGCAUCCACCAUUACCGGAAGUGUAGCAAAUUGCGGGCAGAAGAGGUUACUGAAGAUCGAGAAGGAGGAAGAGGAGCAAAUGGUUCAAGGGCAAAGUAGAGAUUGCAAAGGUUUACCAUCUACGGUGCACGGUGUGCUCACGAGGAAAAGAGUGAAGGUGACGUUCAUUAAAGAGUCGAGUUCAGGAUUUCGUACGAACGAAUUUCGGAACGUCGAGCGGAAGUAAGGACGUGCGUAUGAACAUUUAGGUAUAAUUCUUUUCGAUCGAUCGAAACCGUUUGUAACUGAGAGAGAGAGAGAGACAAUAAUCGAUCGAAUUAUUCGAAAGUAGUUUGUAAUUUUAACGGAGAAACUCAAUUGUGAGAUCUUGAUCUUUGCAAAAAAAUUUAUUCGUUCAUUUGACUCCAAUCAAGAGAUUUGAUUUAAUAUAGCAUAAUAUUUCGAUAGGUGCAAUCUCACUUGCAAUAUAGAUUGAAUAGUUUUCAGAGUCUUGAACUUUGUAAUUAAUCUUUCUUAAAGAAUAUUUUAUUAGUCAUUGAAUCAUAUUACAUGAUUUGUGUGUACGGCACAUUAGGUAUAUAUUUUUUUUUUACACUUUCAUAGUUUAUGUUCAAUUGCGAUUGUAUAGAUUUAUACACGAUUUAACGCGACAUCCCUUUCAAUAUCAAACAUCAUUUAUCGAAAAUUCAAACUUUACACGAGACAGCGAUACAUUCCUUUUAUAAUUCAACAAUGUCGCUACAAAUUAUGCAAAGAUCCUUCAUAUAUAAAAUAUCAUCUCCGUACAACGCAUAAUAUAUUAAACUUGACACUGAACAGUGGCAGAAGGGGAGGAUUUUGGGUGCUUGUUAAGUAAACGAUUACACAUGUAAUAUUUGAUUAUUAAAAUAAUUGCCUCACUGACGAUCAAA